UCCCUCCACCCAAAACACCCCUUCCCCUAACUCCUCCCCACCUUCAGCCACAUGGCUCCCGUUAUGUACAUAAAUCAGGCGCCCGCCGCCGCCGCUGUGAGGGGCUGUGCAGGCAGACAGGAGAGGCGCACAUGCACACCGCACCGCCGCGGCUCGUCGCUGCCACUGCAGCCGGAGUGCAGCGGAGCAGACCGGGAGGCGGAAUGGCCUGAGCUCGGCUCGACUCGGAUCCCCUCGACGCGGCGAGAUGUUGCUCCUCUAACCGGCCGCCUGUCCGUAGCGCGUCCACCCGUCUGGCUGGCCGCAUUGCUGCAGUGCUGCUUUUUUUUUUUUUGCCUUCUUUUUUUUUCUCUCUCUCUCUCUUCCAGGUGUUGUGUGUGCGCGUGAGCGUGCUCGCGCGCGAGCGCGUCCGCCGUAUAGCCUGGUGGUAAUUCUUGUACCGAGUCGGAGGAGUGGGUGGAGGGGGGGCUGGGGGGAGAAGAAGAAAACAGGAGUCUGAUGUCACAUGUGCUUCAUCGGAGGAGACGGGGCAUCUGCGAGCCGGAUUCUGUGGAGGAUGCUGCGGCAAGUGAUACACAGAGGGCUCAGGGCUUCCUUCUACUGGCUCGGCUUGUUCGUCAGCAGGCACCCCGUCUUCUUCCUCACCGUCCCCGCGGUGCUCACCAUCAUCUUCGGCUCCACCGUGCUCAGCCGCUUCAAGCCCGAGCGGGACCUGGAGGUGCUGGUCGCCCCGACUCACAGCCUGGCCAAGAUCGAGCGCAGCCUCGCCAACAGCCUGUUCUCCAUCGACCAGUCCAAGCACAAGCUGUACUCGGAUCUGCACACGCCCGGAAGAUACGGCCGGCUCAUCCUGCUGGCCAGGUCCGGCGGCAACAUCCUGGAGCUGGCCGACCAGGUCCUGCAGGUCCACCGGCAGGUGCUGGAGCUGCGCGUCACCUACAAGGGCUUCAACUACACGUUCGCGCAUCUGUGCGUGCUAAGCCACCGGGACCGGCGCUGCCUCCUGGAUGACAUCGUCACCGUGUUCCAGGACAUCCAGCAGGCUGUGCUGUCCAACAGCAGCUUCCACAAGGUGCCGCUCAGCUACCCCAACACCACUCUAAAGGAUGGACGUGUGUCCUUCAUUGGCCACCAGCUUGGAGGGGUGUCCUUCUCACCCAACAGUCGGGACCAGCAGGUCAAGUUUGCCCGGGCCGUCCAGAUCACAUACUACCUCCGUAGCAUCGGCCCUGUGGUGCAAGAUGUCAUCGCAGAGCGCUGGGAGAACGAGUUCUGCGCUCUGGUCACCAGACUGUCCACGACCGAGACGCCGCACCCGACCGACCAGCUCCACAUCCAGUCGCUCACUUCCUUCAGCCUUUGGCGGGACUUCCACCAGACCGGCAUGCUGUCCAAAGGGGAGGUUCUGGUCAGUCUGGUUCUGGUGCUCCUGGCUGCCACCAUCUCCAGCUCCAUGCGGGACUGCCUGAGGGGGAAGCCUUUCCUCGGCCUCCUGGGCGUGCUGACCAUUUGCAUCGCCAACGUGACAGCUGCAGGGAUCUUCUUCAUAUCGGAUGGGAAGUUCAACUCCACACUGCUGGGAAUCCCAUUCUUUGCCAUGGGUCAUGGAACCAAAGGGGUGUUUGAACUUCUGGCAGGCUGGAGGAGGACAAGGGAAAACCUUCCCUUCAAGGAGCGCGUGGCUGACGCCUUCGCCGACGUGAUGGUGUGCUACACCAUGACCAGCUCGCUCUACAUCAUCACCUUCGGCAUGGGAGCCAGCCCUUUCACCAACAUCGAGUCGGUGAAAAUCUUCUGCCAGAGCAUGUGCGUGGCCAUCCUGGUCAACUACUUCUACGUUUUCUCUUUUUAUGGCUCCUGCCUGGUGUUCGCCGGACAGCUUGAGCAGAACCGCUACCACAGCGUUUUCUGUUGCAAGAUCCCCUCAGCAGAAUACUUGGACCGCCAGCCAACAUGGUUUAAAACCAUGAUGAGCGACGGCCAUGACCUGUCCACCCACCACGACAGUGUGCCGUACCAAAAUCACUUCAUCCAGCACUUCCUGCGCGAGCAUUACACCGAGUGGAUUACCAACACCUACGUCAAGCCUUUUGUGGUCAUCCUUUAUCUCAUCUAUGCUUCUUUUUCAUUCAUGGGAUGUUUACAAAUCAGUGAUGGAUCGAACAUAGUGAACCUGCUGGCCAGUAACUCGCCAAGCGUUUCGUACGCUGUGACCCAGCAGAAGUACUUCAGUAACUACAGUCCUGUGAUUGGGUUUUACAUCUACGAGCCCAUCGAGUACUGGAACUCCACUGUGCAGGAGCACCUGAAGACUCUCAGUCAUGGCUUCAACAAGAUCUCUUGGAUGGACAACUUUUUCCACUACCUCCGGGUGGUGAACAUCAGCGCGUCGACCAAGAGUGACUUCAUCAAUAUUCUGAAGGGUUCUUUCCUGCGCAGCCCGGAGUACCAGCACUUUACAGAGGACAUCAUCUUCUCGAAAAACCGCAACACAGACGAGUACGACAUCAUCGCCUCGCGCAUGUACUUGGUAGCGCGGACCACGGAGAAGAAGAGAGAGGAGGUGGUGGAGCUCUUGGAGAAGCUUCGCCCCUUGAUGCUGAUCAACAGCAUCAAGUUCAUUGCCUUCAAUCCCACGUUUGUUUUCAUGGACCGCUACAGUUCCUCCGUCAUCUCGCCCAUCCUGACCUCAGGCUUCAGCGUGCUCACCAUCCUCAUCCUCACGUUCUUCCUGGUCAUCAACCCGUUGGGAAACUUCUGGCUCGUUCUCACGGUUACGUCCGUGGAGCUGGGCGUCUUGGGUUUGAUGACCCUCUGGAACGUCGGCAUGGACAGCAUCUCAAUCCUGUGCCUUAUUUAUACUCUCAACUUCGCUAUGGAUCACUGUGCACCACACCUGUACACUUUUGUGUUGGCCACUGAGCACACGAGGACGCAGUGCAUCAAGUUGGCACUGGAGGAGCACGGGGCGGCCAUCCUGCAGAACACGUCCUGCUUCGUGAUCGGGAUCAUGCCUCUAGUGUUUGUGCCUUCCAAUUUGACCUACACGCUGUUCAAGUGCUCCCUGCUCACGGCGGGCUGCACUUUGCUGCACUGUUUCGUCAUCCUGCCCGUCUUCCUGACUUUCUUUCCACCGUCCAAAAAGAGGCACAAGAAGAAAAAGCGGGCGAAGCGGAAAGAGCGGGAGAGGGAACGCGAGCGGGAGAGGGAACGGGAGGAGAUAGAGUGCAUCGAAGUCAGGGAAAAUCCUGAUCAUGUGACAAACGUUUGAGCAGUUACUAACGUCAGUGAUCAGAACCGUGGCUUACUGGUGGACUCUCAGAUGCUGAGGCAUCUCUUACGAUGUAGGGGAGUAUAUGGUGUCCGCCAAGGAGUGGUUGCUCCCUAACAACAGCAGCUAAGUUGACCGGGUUCUAGUGCAGCCCCAACUGGUCGAUCAUUCAGUCCCUCGGUCCAGACAGUGUGUCAUUAGCACAAACUGGUUACUUAAGCUUUCCCCAACUCCUAGAAAUACAAAACAAUUUAGUUACCAAAACUUGCCUGCUAAAUCUUUAAAGAAAUCUGCAGAAAUACGGUAAUAUGUGGGUUUUGAUGUUACCAGUUGUGUGUUCAUCUCCUGCAGUCAUCUCUCAAUAAACAGAUGAGGGUCAUCAAAGUUCCUUAAGGGGCAGACACUGAGAUGCGUCAGUAAGAGUGAUACGUGAGCAGAUAAAACAGACAAAGACGACUCUGCACGCACCUUACUUUAACCCCCUCAGUAUCAGCAAAAGGAGACAAAACCAAAUCAUGUGCAGAGAGAAAAAUACAGUAGGCCGAAAGCCCACUGCAUCCUUUUCUGUAGCAUCAAAAAUAGCUCAGCAACAGCUGAACCUGGCAGAUGGCUUACACUGUGUCCGUUACGAAGAACUAUCUUCCACAUUAAAUUGCGAGGAUAGAAUUGUCAAGGUUCAGCAAAAGUAGAGGGAGAAAAUUCAGUUUGUUCCAGAGUUUGUAGAAAUUCUUAGGCAGGGGCCAGAAAAUGCUGCAGUGAGCUGCAGAGGGCGAGAGCCGGUGGGAAGGGACUGUUGUGCAGCAGCAUUUCAAAGGCAAUAAGCCUAACAGCAGAACUCCAGUGUUGUGCAUUGAAAACGUUAAAACCAAAAUGUCGGCUUAUUACGUUGAGCUCUUCAGCGGAUCAAUCACAGCAGAAACUCUCAGUUACGGUGCAGUUGGUGAUUGUCAGGUUCGAACGCCGUUCAGUUCCUAUUAAUGGUGCCAAAUAGUGUACAGAAGCUGUUGUUCUCUAGUUUUUUUUUUAUUUUUUUUUAUUAAAAAUAAAAUCUCAGUGAGUUUUAAUAUUCAUAAGAAAAGUAAUGACCAUGAAUUGAAACCCCUUCAUCCCAAAACUGACUGCUGUUGAUUGAAAGUGAUGAUGAUGCAGGUUUUACAAUAAAAAUAAAAAUGGGGCGAAUAAAUAACUCGCUUCAUAUUGUUUCAUAUUAUGAGGAAAAAAAUUACCUUGGAGAAAAAUCCCAACAAAAUGCACAUUGUAAUUUUUAAUUGUUUAGCAGGUUGUUCCUUCCAGAUGAAGUUUUUUUUUCUGAAAGCUGUGGAUUUUAUGAAUACAAAUUUAAUUUCUGGGAUUUUUCUUUUACUUUUAGAUCUAAACUCCUUUAACCAUUUACACUGACAAAACAGCCAAAGUUACAAAUUAUUGAGUUACUUUUAUACUUUUGACCAGGUUAUAUUGAUGCACGCUAUGUUUAAAAGUCUAAACAGAAAAACAGAGAGAAAGCAAGAAAGCUGGCUAGUACUUGGCUUGGGCCAGUAUUGGUACGAUAACAUCGAGUAAAUAUAAUAGGGAUUCAGGUUAUAAUGAUGCUAAUACGCAAAUUUUAAACAAAAAUCAAUUAACAUAAACUGAUUGAAUUAAUUUAAAAUAAUAAAUACUUGAACUAUUCCUACUUCUGCUAAUAUACCAUAGUGAAUAUUACACCCAUGACAAUACAAUUAUUAUUUUGGUCAGUAACAUAGAAUAUGCUCCUGCUGAACUUAUUAGUAGUAUAGAUUUAUUGUGUAGACUGAGUGAUGGCCGGUGCCUCUGUCUUGUUUUUCACUACUGAAAAGGUUUAAAAACAAGCAAACAAAACAAGGCCUGGAUUUGUUAGGAAACAAUAGUAACAGCUGAUGGUACAAUUACAUCAGACAAAAGCACCAGAGUUCAGAUACUAUUAUCAAUGUAAGAAAAAUAAUUUAAAACAUCCAACAAAAGUUGAAGGAAAGCGAUUGAUUUAUUUUUUAUGAAUGGACCUCACAGAAAGUAGUCACUUUACUGUUGGGGGAUUUGUUUUACUUCAUAAAUACUAACAAAACGUAGCCUGUUGCUAACAUUUGUUUCAAAAUUAU